UUAAUUAAAGUUUUUGGCCCAAACCCCAGUGUUUGAUCCGGUCUAAUUACAUGCCGAUUGUGUUCCAAUGCAUCCGAUAUUCCGAUCUACCAUUUCUUUCUAGGGUCCCUUCUUUCUACCGCUCAUCUCUCAGCCAGACGGGUCGUAUUUGCUCUCCGUUUCCAGCUCCUCUCGCCCUUAGCGGACGCAGUCUACACCACGCCGUUCGUGUAGUAUCCCGAGAGUAGAAGAAUGAGAUAGGUGAUUUUAUGGAACAAGCUCAUUUCUCCUAAGGCUCAAAAGUUGAAAGAGUGUACGGCAUGGUAAUGGAUACAACCAUGUCACUUUUCAGGGAUAGAUUGAAACUUGCAUCUGAUUGGGUGGAAUCAACAUUUGAGGCUCCUUUUUCAGGAGCUGUUUUUUUCGGAGUGCCUGUUGGGGGGCAUCUUUUUAUGGAGGGACUUCUUCUGGUGGUCAUCUUAUUUCUUCUCUCCCAGAAGAGUUAUAAGCCACCCAAAAGGCCAUUGACAAAGAAGGAAAUUGAUGAGCUAUGCGAAGAAUGGACCCCAGACCCUCUUAUUCCUACAAUCACAGCUGAGAUGACACAUGAACCUCAAGUCUUGGAAAGUGCUGCAGGACCUCAUGCUAUAAUUGAUGGCAAAGAAGUUGUAAACUUCACUUCAGCAAAUUACCUUGGUUUUGUUGGACAUGAAAAGAUACUUGAAACAUGCACUAGAGCACUGGAAAAGUAUGGUGUUGGGUCUUGCGGUCCUCGUGGGUUUUAUGGAACAAUUGAUGUUCACCUAGAUUGUGAAGCCAGAAUAGCAAAGUUUAUAGGGACACCUGAUUCUAUACUCUACUCUUAUGGACUUUCUACAAUGUUCAGUGCAAUUCCAGCAUUCUGCAAAAAAGGAGAUGUGAUUGUUGUGGAUGAAGGAGUUCACUGGGGAAUACAAAAUGGGCUUCAGCUGUCUAGGAGUACAGUUAUAUAUUUUAAGCACAACAAUAUGGAUUCAUUAAGGAGUACGCUGGAGAAAGUUAUUCAAGAGAAUAAGCGAGCUAAGAAACUCAGACGCUAUAUUGUUGUGGAAGCAGUAUAUCAGAAUUCUGGUCAAAUUGCUCCAUUAGAUGCAAUCAUAAAACUUAAAGAAGAAUUUAAGUUCCGUGUUUUACUGGAUGAGAGCAAUUCUUUUGGUGUUCUUGGCAGUUCAGGGAGAGGUCUUACUGAACACUUUGGAGUACCAGUUGAAAAGAUUGACAUCAUAACAGCUGCAAUGGGACAUGCAUUAGCCACUGAAGGAGGAUUUUGCACGGGUAGCAAUAGAGUCAUUGAUCACCAGCGACUCAGUAGUUCUGGUUAUGUCUUUUCUGCUUCUUUGCCACCAUAUCUAGCAAGUGCUGCAAUCACGGCCAUCGAUAUCCUGGAAGAAAAUCCCGAUCUCAUUACCAAACUAAGGGAAAAUAUCAAAACUAUCCUCGCGGGUUUAUCAGAUAUAAAAGGUCUAGAUUUAGUGAGUGAUCCGCUUUCUCCAAUUGUAUUCCUCAAACUAAAGAAGUCAACUGGUUCUUUGAAGAGUGACCUACAAGUGCUAGAGGAUAUUGCUGAUAGAGUGCUGAAGGAAGAUUCAGUUUUUGUUGCGACCACUAAGAGAUCAACGCUGGACAAAUGCAACUUACCAGUGGGAAUUAGGUUGUUUGUCUCUGCUGGUCACUCAGAAUCUGAUAUGAUCAAAGCCAGUGAAUCUUUGAAAGGAGUUGCUGCAGCACUGUUGACCUGUCAAUAACUAGGCCGUGCAAUUUUACGCAUCAUCCAGCCAAAUUCUACGCAACUCCAUUUUGAGGGUUUGAAAAAAAUCAAAUUUGUGUACCUUUUGUGGCAAUUAACUAUGUAUUUGUUCUGACGAUCGAUCAAUCUAAAGAUAGGUUGAUUGCAUGCGUGAGAUAUCUAUUAAUUUCAUUCUUGACAGAUUUUACAUAUUAAUAGUUGUGUAUAUAGAAAAUGUACAGAUGAGUCGUUUGUAAUGGAAAUCGCUUAUUUGAUAUCACAAUAAUCAUAAUUAGUAUGAGAAAAGGGUAAAAUAAGGCCUUCUACUAUUAUGAAAUAGUUACAUAAGGUCAUGUACUCAAUAAAGUGUCUUAUAAGUACAUCUACUUGUAAAAAGCAAUCAAAUGAAACCUAAUGACCUAUUUAACACCUCUUAAUCCCGAUUUCAACGUACUUCUGACCAUCUUUUUAGAAUAUAUUAUACGGCAUAUGUUGAAUAUUUAACUAAGAUUGGUUGAAAUACUAGUCAAAAAAGUCGACAUGUAAGCAAAAAUUGGGAUUAGGUGUUAAAUAAGUCGUUAGGAUUCAUUUGAUUGCUUUAUACAAGUAGAGGUACUUAUAUGACACUUUAUUGAGUACAUGAUCUUAUGUGACUAUUUCAUAAUAGUAGAAUGCCUUAUUUGAUCCUUUUCUCUAAUUAGUAUUGGUUGA